AUGGGAAUACAGCAAGCACAGUGCCUGUCGCGUACAACACCAGCUACCUCCUCUCCUGAUUCAAUCCAUCGCACUCUUCCAAAUCCAUCUCAUAAGGCUGCCCACCUCAAAAAGCCCGACGAAGACCCGCCGCCCGGGAAUCCAGAUUCCGCACCCUCAAUGGCCCGCAAAGGCCCCAAGUGGCAAUUCUCACGAUCAUUGCAUCACAGUCUCGAGAAACACACUCCAGCCCACCCAACCCGAGCAGUCGGCGACGCCAACACAACACGUCGCACAGGCAGUGAAUUCGGCGCAUUGAUACCAAUCUCCACUGCGCCAUCUCCCAGAUCCUUCGGACCGUGUUACACAGACAGUGGACACGAUCUCAAGGCACGGAUGAUCCGACCGAGCGAACCAAGCCGGCGGGUAAAAGUAGGCUCUGUGGUUCGCUGGAUCGGCGCAGGGCUGCUGGGGAAACUCGACCGAGUCCAUGAUUCAGAGAACAAGCAAAAACAAAGAUAG